AUGACGUCUACCCUGGAUACUUUCAUGAAUCGAGUCAUAUCAGUGGUCACAGGCGAUGGAAGGAAUAUUGUCGGCAUGAUGAAGGGUUUCGAUCAACUCGUCAAUGUUGUUCUUGAAGAUUCACAUGAGCGUGUUUAUUCCGAAACUCAAGGCGUUGAACAAAUUCCUCUUGGACUGUACAUCAUAAGAGGUGACAAUAUGUAA